UUUAUAGCAACUGUUGCCCAGUGAGGCAGCGCCAUAGUCACCGUAGUCCUGGCGACUGUAACCCACCAACAACAACCUCUCGCUCCAUCAUUACCACCACCUCCUCCACCAUCAUCAUCCUCAUCAACCAGUCCACGGCUCAGGCGCCAUGCAGACUCCUGAAGCAGGCGCUGACUCCACCUCCACUGUCCCUCUGCAGACCACAGUGCCUGUCCAGCCCCCUGGCUCCACCCAGCAGGUGCCUGUCCAGCAACAGGCCCAGACUGUUCAGCAGGUUCAGCAUGUUUACCCAGCACAGGUGCAGUAUGUGGAGGAAAACAGUGGCGUCUACACCAACGGCAACAUAAGAACUUACUCGUACUCAGAACCACAGCUGUACAGCCAGAACAGCGGGGGGAGCUACUUUGACACGCAGGGGAGCUCAUCACAAGUUUCCACCGUGGUGGCAUCUCACGGCAUGACCAACAACGGAGGAGGGGGCACUGGAGGGAUGAGCAUGGGCCUGGCAGGGGGUCAGGUAAUCAGCAGCAGUUCCGGGGCCUACCUCAUGGACAACUCUGGACCCCACCCCGCCACCCAGACCGCACGGGCCUCCCCAGCGACUAUUGAAAUGGCGAUUGAGACGCUCCAAAAAUCUGAGGGUUUAUCCAGUCAGAGAAGCUCGCUGCUCAACAGCCAUCUUCAGUGGCUGUUGGACAACUACGAGACAGCAGAGGGCGUAAGCCUACCGCGAUCCACCCUCUACAAUCAUUAUCUGCGUCACUGCCAGGAGCAGAAACUGGAUCCUGUAAAUGCAGCCUCUUUUGGCAAACUCAUCCGCUCCAUCUUCAUGGGACUUCGUACAAGGCGCCUUGGAACAAGAGGGAACUCAAAAUACCAUUACUACGGUAUUCGUGUAAAACCAGAUUCCCCGUUAAAUAGACUCCAAGAGGACAUGCAGUACAUGGCUCUCCGACAGCAACCUGUUCAACAGAAACAGAGGUUCAAGCCGGUGCAGAAGUUCGAUGGCGGCUCUGGGGAGAAUUACUCAGGUGGAGGUCAGCACCAUCCCUGUGCCGCAGAACAGACAGUUAUUGCACAGAGCCAGCAUCACCAACAGUUCCUAGAUGCAUCGCGGGCCCUCCCUGACUUUAUAGAGCUGGAACUUGGUCAGAGCAAUACAGAGAACAUCGGUCCAGAGGAUGUGAAAGCCCUGCAGUCUCUUUACAGAGAGCAUUGUGAGGCAAUCCUGGAUGUGGUUGUGAACCUCCAGUUCAGUUUAAUUGAGAAACUGUGGCAAACAUUCUGGCGUUAUUCUUCCCCAGACUCAGUAGAGGGUGCAACAGUAACAGAAAACAGCAGCGUUAGCGAGAUUGAAGUACGGCUCCCUCGAUCACAGCUGCUGGUGCUGUGCAGAAAUGAGGCUGUACUUAAGUGGAUGAGCACCUGUGACCAUCUAAUGUACCAGGCCCUUGUGGAGAUCCUUAUUCCUGAUGUCCUGAGACCCAUUCCCAGUGCCUUGACUCAAGCCAUUCGCAACUUUGCCAAAAGCCUGGAAGGCUGGCUCAGUAACGCCAUGAAUGCCAUUCCACAGAGAAUGAUACAGACCAAGAUUGCUGCUGUUAGUGCCUUUGCGCAAACGUUGCGCAGAUACACAUCUCUGAACCACCUGGCUCAGGCGGCACGCGCCGUGUUGCAGAACACGUCGCAGAUCAACCAGAUGCUGAGUGAUCUCAACCGUGUUGACUUUGCCAAUGUUCAGGAGCAGGCAUCAUGGGUGUGCCAGUGCGAGGAGGGGGUAGUUCAGCACUUGGAGCAGGACUUCAAGGCCACACUACAGCAGCAAAGCUCUUUGGAACAAUGGGCCGCUUGGCUGGACAAUGUAGUCACACAGGUGCUCAAGCCCUACGAGCACCGGCACAGCUUCCCCCGGGCAGCGCGGCAGUUCCUGCUCAAAUGGUCCUUUUACAGUUCUAUGGUGAUCAGGGACCUGACCUUGCGCAGCGCUGCCAGCUUCGGUUCCUUCCACCUGAUUCGCCUGCUCUAUGACGAGUACAUGUUUUACCUGGUGGAGCAUCGUGUGGCCCAAGCGACCGGAGAGACGCCCAUUGGUGUCAUGGGGGAGUUUGACAGCCUCAACACUCUGUCCCUUGUUAACAUUGAUAAAGAUGAAACCAGUGGGAUGGACAGUGACCUAGAAGAGGAUACUGAGGAGUCCGGGGAACCUCUUGCCAAACGGGAAAAGUCGGAGCACGAGGUGAUCCAGGUGAUCCAGGUGGGGGCGCUUGAGGACGGCUCCCACCCCGUGGUGGGGGUUGUGCAGCCGGGCGUCCUCCACUCGCUGCCCCAGCCCCCACAGGACCACACUGAACACAUCCUCACUCCCUCUGCCGGUACCCCCACUAUCCGCCACUGCAGCGCCACAGGCAACACCUACGCCUCCGUCUGAAGGUCUGAGGGUCCGAGGGCCCGGCCGACCCGUUGCUGCCGUCUCGCUCUCUGCAUAUCUCUCUCUCUCUCUGUAAGUCUAGAUGUUUCCAUCCUUUCUCAUGCAUUGUCUCUGCAGUUGUGUGGACACACUCCCCAGCCUGGUCAGUGGAGGAGUCCUGACAUGCUGAUUCCCUGGACAAGAUGUGCUGUCCGUGUGUGACUGCGUAGAUUCUGGAUGUGGUGUCAUCCUGUAGUUCUGUGCUUUAUCAUAACGCGACAGCUGGUGGAAGGGACCUAGAGGAAAAGGACUAAUUUAACCCGUUAAACGUUUCUUGGUUAGGCCUGACUUAAAGACUCUGUCUUUACCCUGAAGGAAGAUUAAACUCUUACAUACUACUGAUGUCUCAGAGCUCAAAUCCAUGUCACUAGUCCCAGUGGAGCAAUGUCAUUGAUUGAAUCAAGACCUUCAUCUACUGUACAUAGUUUUUGCUGUACUUAUAAUUGGUAUUACCCAAAACUCAUGGUGCUAACAUAGUGUUUUGUUUUAACCUCUAUUUAAUCCUUCUAAUUUUUGUAUGAUUUAUGUCAACAUGCAUUCCUACAGCUGAUAAACGUUUUGCCUGAACAAAAUACAUUUGAGUAUUGUAUGUAGCUCAAAAAAGGGAAGACUUUUUAUGUAUGUGUGGCAUUUGAAAAAUGAUCACAGGGCUGUUGUGCUUGUUUGGUCAAAUUAUCCGGUAGCCACUCAUGAUAACCACUUAUAGCUUUUAGUCACAGUGAAAGAAAAGCCCUAAAGAAAUAUCUGUGCUGCUACUCUGUGCUGCAUAAAGAAAGGAGAUUGGGAAAACGAAGCCCCUUUUUUCAGUGCUAGCUGCCUUGUUGUUGUUUAUUCUUAGAUGCUGUGUCGUGUGCUUGAUUUGAUGAGCUGUAAUCUUGAAAACACCUUGCUGGACACGUUCCCCUGGUUUUUGCAGUUUCUGUCUUAAAAAUAAAUUCCUUAAGUUCACGAAGGACCAAAAACAAACCAACAAGAGGAAGCCGAGAGCGAGCCACCCGGCCCUCGAGAGCUGUCCCACAGUGCCAUGUUGCAGAGCGGAAGGAAUGUCAGGGAUUUAAUGUACCUCGGCUUUAUCAUAGUGCCUUAUCCUUAAAUGCAGCUGUCCCUGUAGUCCUGACUGUGCGGUGUCGAGAGCCCCACUUCGUCCCAGCCACAGAUUUUGGCUUUCUGGUGACUUGUGGCUGGAUUUGGGCUGGCUCAUCAGUGUUGAGACGAGGGGAUGCAGGCACAGACACACCUGUUGUUUUCUCUGGAUCAGCUCUAGUAAGCUUAUUACUUAUGUGAAUCAUGGUCUUUAGCCUUGCUCCUGCCCUAACUCUGCCCUCUUGAGGCCUAUUGUUGCAUUAGUCUUUGUUAUUGGUUUGGUGUGUGUAUGUGUGUGCACAUGUGAGGACGUGAAACUCAUAGGUUUGUGUGUGUGUGUGUGUGUGUGUGUGUGUGUGUGUGUGUGUGUGUGUGUGUGUGUGUGUGUGUGUGUGUGUGUGUUUCAUCAGUCACCCUACCUCAAACCAGUGGUGCCAGCCCUUUGACACGUGCAGCACAGUCACCAAACCUUAUUGCACACACACCACUGUACUGCACAAAUCUCAACUCAACAGAGAAAAUCUGCAGUGCUUUUCUCUCACCUCUGAUACAUUUUCAUUUCAGUUUUCAACCCAUGAAAUGCUUCAUCCUUUGUUCCCUGUUUAAAUAUCAUCUUUGUACAAUGGACCAAAAGUAGAUAUUUUCUGAUAUUCAAAGAGAUAUAUAGAUAUAUAUAUGUAUAGUAUAUAUAAUGAUGAUACACUACAUAUAUUGCUUUUUAUGUGGUUGAUCUGAUUGUUUAUAUGUGAUUGUUUUACUCUGGUAGCUCCUCUGUAAUUAGUUCAUAGACUGUGAAAUGAGGAAGGCAUGGGGACUAACUUCUGAUCCAUUAGACUACAUUUAUACUUGAACUGUUAUAACCUACUAUGUUGUGGAGAAUAUUGAGAUUAAUCCUCUAAUAGGAACAUUUUGUUACUAAAAACCUUGUUGUCAUCUUAUUUUCCAUGAAGUUUCUCUGCAGAACUUUUUAUUUAUUGAUAUUUAUUCUGUUUGCAUUCAUAUUUUAUGAUUGGUACUGAUAUUGAAUUAUGAAUUAUGCCACUGCAGAGAGCCGACCUACUAUACAGAAAGACUGGAGGUUCUCUUUGUUUUGCUUGUUACCCUUGUGCGUAGGUUGUUUGAAAGGUUGAGACUGUAUUUACAGUUGCUUAGAUUGUCACUAGUCCAAAAUUACCUUUAGUGGAAGUGUUGUUUAGAAGAAAUGCUUAGUAGUGACGGAAGGUGGGAACGUGCAAAUACUACGUGUUAUUUAGGUUUCUGAGUAAUUAAAGUCACACGUGUUUUGUUAAAUAAUUUUUGAGACACUUUGCGAAAUCGAAAAAGUAAACACUGGCAACACUGAAGACACAUUCUUUAUUUAUUAAACCUACGGUACCCAUCUCUUACCGUAGCCUUACCCUGAUCCUACUAGCUUGAAGUGUCUGGCUCGACAGAUCUAGAAACCGAGCGCACAUAAACUUAGCUAUCACCUCACACUGCAGUUUUAAGGGGGUCAGUGAACUUAAAAAAAUAACUAAAAAAAGAUCCAGGAGUUGAGGGCCUGGGGCCAUAAUAAACUGCCUGAACUGCCAAGAAAGCAACAAAAUUGUAAAAUACACAUUGAAAGGAUGCUUAAACAUAAAGCCCAGAUUGGAUGAUCGGGUCCUCUGUCCCCUAUAGAAGAGAUCUGUGCCUGUGUAAUACCUGUGUGAAACAACUUUCCCCAAAAGCUCACUUGACUGACUCCAGCACUCACUGAAUACAUGGUUCUGUCUGUGACCUACGUUUUGUGAACCUGGGUAGUGUGUACGGUUAAACUGAUGUUUCACUGGAUAUAUUAUCUUGCCUAUGGCAUUUCUACGUUUGACUCCCUCAAUAAUUUAUCAAUCUCAACUCCCUUGUUAUAUGAAUUAACUACAAACUCUAGGUGGAAUCGCGUAUUAUUUUGUGCCUGAAAACAGCUUACAUUUGAAUCUGUGUGUGCUUUAGGAUCAUAAGUGCUUUCUGGUCUCGCACGCCCACAAUGUGCUGCUAGAAACUGUUUUUGUCUUUUUAGUUUUUCCCCAUUUCUUCGGUUUGUACAUUUGACUUUGGUGUCAGACAGAGGUUUCUCGUUCUGCACCUCACAGCCUGCCUGGAUAACACUGGACUGUUGCUAAUGCUGCCAGCAUAAUUGUACUCUAUUUUUCUUUGAUGUUGAGAAGUAAUGCUUUUUUAUUGUAACAGCUGUUUGCAAAUGAGCCUGUUUCCAACCAGAAAACAAAAAAAAAACAAAAAAAACAAUAUAAGCUAUUCCCUAACCUGUGAUAGGAGUGAAAGCUAAGAACUGCCUCUUCACCUGGACAACGUGGCAGCUUCACUGACCCAUAGCAGACUCCAGUGCCUUUAAUUUCGCCCCGGCCAGAGCAAGUGGCCUGGGUGACUAUUGGGUCUCUGGUGGGCUACAGAUAGAGGCUAUCGAAGCAGAUGUUUCAUUGUACAGGUGCUGCCAUUGGGAGACACCAAGGCCGUGGAAGCGUAAAGCCCUGGCCUCAGACUGGACUAGUUAUCAUUUACUGGAUGUGACGUCUCUCACACACACACACACACACACACACACUCUUAGUUGUCAACGCGGUGGUUUAUCUGCUAACAGCUUUUUAAUUGUAUAGAACUGGGUAAUGAACACAGCGUGACUGUACAUAAAAGAUCUUAUGACUUGCUUUUUCUCCUGAUUGUGAUUUCUUUUGUCAAUGAUAUUUUCUGAAUGCUGUGACCUGUUUGAGAUUUGUAUUUGGAUGUUUUGAAGUGCCAUUUGACAGUCUAGUGAGUCGUGGCCAUCUGUAGCACGCUCUAAUGCAAGCACAAGCAUUUGGCAGUGGCAUUUUGGGGAAGGUUUUUAUUUUGAUUCACACUAGACAGAAUAUGUAUAUAUCAACAUCAAACUGAAAAGGUAUAUUUAUGUGUCCAAAUUAUUUUAUUUGUUUUGGUGAACAUUUUAUCAGAUAUGUUGGCAAAAAGUGCUUUUGUGAUUUUUGUUUUGGUUAAGUGUGUAGUAUCUGAUAAUAUACACACAAAUUUCAUGUGACUCUAUGUGCCGUUAAGUUUUCAUAUACCGUUUCUCCUCAAAUUGGCAGGCAAAGCAAGACAUGUAGGGUGGUUUGUAAUUGUGCAUUUUACAUAAAAAGGCAAUUGGGGGACGUUUAUAUUUAUAAAGACAUCAUUUAGUGUGUCGUAUUAAUGACUAGAGAAACUAUUAAAGACACAUGUAGUUUGGUUUUCUGAAUAUUUCAGAUCUCAGCUCAGGCUAGCUUCUUAGUGUUGUUUUCUUAAGAUUUGUGACUUGUCUUUGCAGUAAUAAACGUUUUCUUGUUCAAA